CGGAUCGAACUCCGCACGGCCUCCUCCCGGCUCGAGCCAUGUGGGGCUGAGGGCCUGCCUCGACAGGUGGGGGUGCCGUGAGUCGCGCGCGCGCGCGCCGCGGGGCCAGGCAUGGAGGGCCCGGUGGACGGCGCCCAGCUGAUGGCCGUGUACGGCAUCGACGAGAAGGCCCUCAUGGCGCUCCAGAAGCUGGCGCCCGAGAGGCAGAGCGAGUGCCUGCAGAAGCUGCAGGAGGGCAUCAACUCCGGGAAGGUGCGCAACGCGUCGGCCUUCCUCAUCGGCAUCGUCACCGGGCCCGACGCCCUGGGCAUCGACGACAGGGCACGGGCGAUGCUGAACGAGCUGCCGAAGCCCAUGCAGGUCGAGCUGCUGAACAAACUGAGGAUGGCGGUAGACGUCCAGAAUCCAUCUGCUUGGCUGAUUUCUGCCGUGAUCAAGGCCAAGAAGACGGUGGGCCUGGCGGGCAUGGGCGGUAUGAUGGGCAUGAUGGCGGGCGGCCAGAUGCUGGGGAUGGGUGGCAAUGGCAUGCUGGGUGCCCAGAUGAUGUUCGGCAAGAUGGGUGGCCCGAGGAUGGGCGGUAUGAUGGCCAGGGCAAGUCCUUAUGGCUCUCCACCCCAGACCACUGGCUCCGUGCCAUCGAAUCCAGAAGCUUUGCAGCAAGUCAUGGUCAUCAUCGACGAAAAGGCAAGAACAUUGCUGCAGCAACUCCCAGAGGAGAAGCAAGUCGAAUUAGCCAGCUUCCUACAGGCCAGAAUCCAGGGUGGAACGGUCAUGAACCCCUCGGGAUGGAUGGUGAAGAGCUGCCUCGCGGCGGGCGCCAAGUCGGAGAGCAUUCCUGGCGGCAACCCGAGAGCGAUGGGUGGCGGCUCGAUGGGGAUGGGCUGUAAUCCGAUGGGGAUGGGUGGCGGCAUGAUGGGGAUGACUGGCACGGGCAGCAUGGGCAGCAUGGGCGGCUGCUCUCCAGCCCAGAGCGUUCGUUCCGCAACGGCCUCUCCCACCGUGCCCCAGAUGCCGCAGGCGGUCCCAAUGGUCAUGAUGAUCCUCGACGACAAGGCGAAGACGCUGCUGCAGCAGCUCCCGUAUGAGAAGCAGGUCGACCUCGCGAGCUUCCUGCAGCAGAAGAUGCAGGUCGGCGGCAUCAAGAACCCCUCAGCGUGGAUGGCAAAAAGUUGCCUUGCAGCAGGCGCCAGGACAGAGUCCGAUGCUGCAGGCUUUGGCGCAGGCUCUCUCAUUGGCCAUUGAUUGCCCAGGUCAGUCGAAGGGUGAGUUUGCUGUCAGUUUUGAGCAUCUGCGCGUCUGCUAACAAAUUUCGUGUAACACAUAUUUGCCAAAGGCCGUUGCGUUCUCUUGUCGCACUGAGGGCUUAUCUGCUGAAUUCGAGGAUGGUUCGUAUUUCCCGCCUGGCAGCACCCAUCGUCAACUUAUAUUAUCGUUGCGGAGAAGCGCCGUCACUUGAAACAAAUACGGCAGUGCGAGGAGCUGUGUGGUUGCGGAGGAUGGCAUCGGGAGGAGGAGAAUUAGCAGGACGAUCAGGGUGAUGAAGGGUCAUGGCAUGAUUGUCACUUGGCAGUUCAGCGCUGUAGUAAUACGUGUUGCCACACUGCCUCUUGCUGCGCAGCCGGUCCCUCCAGUAAGGCUGAUGUGAGGCUUCCAAGGGUACUUUGCACGAGUGCUUCGUCUGCCCAUCGUGGACCAGUUCCGCUUGCUGGUUGCAACUUGGACGCCUUGGGUCCGUGUCCGCUUACCCUGC